AUGAAAUAUUUUUUGCUAAAUUUAUUUGAAUUUGAAUUUUUUGCCUUACAUUACAAAAUUUUUUGCAAUAAAUUUGAAUUUGGAAAGGUAAUUCAACAAUAAUAAAAAAAAGUAAUGAAUCGAGUGAAUACAUCUACCAGAAGAGUGCCAUGUUCAUCUUUCACUUUCCAGAACGAAGCAGUUGGCGAGGAUUAUUCAGACGAGUGUAUUAUCACGACUACCUGUACAUCGACUAAUUAUCUAGAUAAACUUCUAAGAAGUUCAAGACAUCCAUGAACGAAUUCAGUAUUCUACUUUACAACAAAAUGGUCAGAGCAUAACACCGAUUAGAAAUUUAUUCUCGUGUAUACCUACUGUUCCAUAAAUCAUUAAUCAUUCCAUCGAAAACAUCUCAAUUUUAUAAUGGAAAAGGAAAUAGAACUAACAGAAGAAUGUAUUAAAGAUAUCUUCGAAGGUGAAGAUAUUGAGAAACCGAUAGUUCAGGUUUUGGGUAUUGUACGAGAACAUUAUAGGGGUUAUGUGGAAAUUUCGGAUGGUACGUUUCGUACUACUGCACUAGUAAAUAAUGCAGAAAAAACCGCCGAAAAGCUGAUUCACAGUAGAGAAUUACAACGUAAUGAUGUGGUUGUUUUGGAGCACUACAUGUGCAAUAAAGAGAAUACUACGCGUGGAAAAUGGUGCUCGUUGAUUAUUUUUAAAAUGAGCAUAUUGCAGAAAGGUGUAGUUGUAGGAGAACAAAUUGGUAAUCCUAUCCCUGUUCCUAAAGAACUUCGGUUAAAAAAGCGAGAUAUGUUUGAGAAAUAUCUUAUGAGCAGAACAGGAACACCGCAAACGUUACCCAUAGUAGCUCUGAAACCGACAAAUAAUCAUUGGUGUAUUAAAGCACGAGUUACGAAGAAAGGAGACAUCCAGAAACGUUAUAGUGAGGAUUCCUUGAACACGAAUCUUUCAAAUUCAUCGAACAGUAUGUUAGUAACAGCUUGCAAAGUUGUUCGUCGUAAAUUUUACGACAUGUCUUGUAAAUUUCACGACUUCAUGGCACAAAUUGCGAGAAAAGGAGUCAUACCUAUAUCGAGCGAAGAAUUAUAUUGCUUGGAUCUAUCGGACGGUGUCUUGGCAAUAUACUAUAUCUUUCAUUAUCUAUUUCACUACGUUUUUGGUAUAUUUUACGACCUGAUGGUGCGAAUUUUAAAGCAGGAGGAAUUCCUCAGCGUAGAGCUUACCGACUCAUCAGGCAGUAUUACAGCGAUAGCUUACAAUAGCGCUUGUCUUAAAUUCUACGAUGUGCUGGAGGUAGAUAAAGUGUUCCUGAUUAGUCAGUUUAAUAUUCAGCGAGAUGAAACUCCCACUAAAUUCAAACUAAUUUUAAAAGCAGAUAGUGAAAUUUCGCCGGCUUAUGAAAAUAUUCAGUUCAACUUCUGUCCACCCAACUCUUACAAAGAUUUGGCUGCAGAUGCUUUAGUAGAUAUCUUGGGAGUUUGUGUAGACGUUUCAGACUUGGCAAACGUUGAGACAGAAUCACGAAAACGUAAAAUCCGUCAAGUGUAUCUGAAGAAUGGGGAUGGACUAAUUACAGUCUAUUUAUUCGACGAUGCGGCUGAAAAAUUCGAAAUUUCUACGACGCCUGUGGUUGCCAUAAAAGGAGCGAGAAUCGAAGACCGAUGUGGAUUUAAAUUCGCUAUCGUAGAGCACGUUUCUCAAAUAUUUUUAAAUCCAGAUAUUGAAGAAGCUCGUCGAGUCAAGAGUAGGUAUAAAAUUGAUAUGAAAGCUAGGAAACUUCGUAGUCGAGCCUCACCACCAUCGUAAUUCGUAGUCGUCAAUUUUCCAAUGAUUUUUUACUUCGUUGAAUUUACCUACUGGGAAUUUGUCUAGUUCAGUUCGCAAACUUGAGAACACGUUCGCUUAUUUUGAUAGAACUUGUUAACGAAAAAGUUUUUUUCGACAAUGUCACUGAAUUUUUUUCCAAAAUGUUAUAUUUUGAAAUGAAAUUUUUGAUUUGAAAAAAACAAUCAACUUUUUGAUCUUGAUUGCAAUUUUGUUCUCUGUUUAUUUGCCGCCGACGUUGUUUUGUUAGAGUACAUAAUUAUUGUAUUUGAAGAAUUUAGCUUACUUACCUAGGUACUUCAGUAAUACUGAAUACUGAUUGGUGAUGAUGGUAAAAUAAAUGAAUCAUUUGUGUUUUUUUAAUAAAACUUUUCGUACGCUCA